AAGUGGGGAGACAUAAUGAUAGGGGGGAUUUUCCCAGUUUUUAACAAAGAGAUUAGCGGUACCUCUACGUUUGAGAGCGAGCCACCUGGAGUGAAGUGUGCAGGAUUUGACCUGAGAGCUUUUCGAUGGACCCAAGUAAUGAUAUUUGCAAUUGAAGAAAUCAACAAAGAUCCCGCUCUCCUGCCAAACAUAUCUCUUGGCUACAGGAUCCUUAACUCAUGUGCAUCUCCUACAAACACUUUACGUGCUGCACUAACACUGGCUAGUGGACCAGAGGAGCUAGAACUGACCUCCCCUUGUCCUCCAGCUAUAUCUGCACUUAUAGCAGAGUCCGGAUCAUCUCAGUCCUUAGCUGUGGCUGGAACUCUUGGACCAUUUCAAGUGCCAAUAGUAAGUUACUUCUCAACAUGUGCCUGCCUCAGUGACAGAGCUAAAUAUCCUACAUUUUUUCGGACAAUCCCCAGCGACUACUUCCAGGCCAAAGCUUUGGCAGCAUUGGUCAAACGCUUUGGCUGGCAGUGGAUUGGGGCCAUACAGUCAGACAAUGACUAUGGGCGAAAUGGGAUUCUGGCUUUUACUGAAGAGGUUAAAAAGCUUGGGGUUUGUAUUGCAUUUGUUGGGACAAUUCUACGUACAUACACUAUGGAUAAAAUUCUGGAUGUUGUUGAAAUGAUCAAGCAGUCAACCGUCAAAGUCAUUCUUGCUUUUAUUCCAGAGGGUGACUUUUACCCUUUGAUGAAAGAGAUUGUGAAACAGAACAUUACAGGAAUUCAGUGGAUUGCCAGCGAGGCCUGGAUAACAGCAUCUCGACCCUCCACACCAGAAAUCUACCAAGCUUUUGGUGGAGCUCUAGGAUUUGUGGUGCAGAAGAUGGCUAUACCAAAUCUAAAACAAUCUCUUACAGGCAUAAGCCCUUAUGCUGAUCCAAGUGCAGCCUUUGUGAGGGAUUUUUGGGAGAUAAUGGCCGGCUGUAGACCCGUUUUACCCGGGGAACACACAGAUACAGAGGCAACCAAUGAAAUAUGCACAGGCCAUGAGACAUUAAUGAAUUCCCAGGAUGUGUUCUUCAAUGUCACACAGCUUAGAGUGUCCUAUAAUGUGUAUAAAGCAGUUUAUGCCAUUGCACAUGCCCUACAUCAGCUGGUAUUCUGCCAACCAGUUGCAGAAAAAACAGUUAGGUCAUGUUUGAAUAUAUCAGAAAUUCGGCCCAAAGAGGUUACAGAUCACCUACAAAGGGUACAUUUUAGGAAUCAGUUCGGAGAUGAUGUGUUUUUUGAUGCCAAUGGUGACCCUCCCGCUUCUUAUGACAUUAUUAACUGGCAGCUGAUAGAUGGGCAGGUGCAACAUGUCACACUGGGUCAUUUUGCUUCAGCUGCUAAUGGUAAUUAUAAGCUCAGCAUCCAGGAGGAAGAAAUUGUGUGGAGGACAGGGAAAACGGUUCCAGUGUCAGUGUGCUCUAAUGUUUGUCCAGUGGGAACCAGGAGAGCUCAAAUGAAGGGAAAACCCACCUGCUGUUUUGACUGUAUCCCAUGUGCUGAUGGAACUAUAGCCAACUCAACAGGUGCAGCAGACUGCACACCCUGUUCACAGGAAUACUGGUCCAAUGAGAGAAAAGACAAGUGCAUUCCUAAAACAAUUGAGUUCCUGAUGUAUCACGAGCCGAUGGGAAUAGCUGUCACAUUUGUAUCCCUGCUAGGGGCCUCCCUGUCGCUGGCGACGAUGAUGAUCUUUAUCUGCUACAAAGAAACUCCUGUGAUAAAAGCCAGCAACUCUGAGCUUAGCUGCUUCUUGUUAUUUUCUCUUUUUUUGUGUUUUCUCUGUCCCCUUACUUUUAUCGGCCGACCCACAGUCUGGACAUGCAUGCUGCGCCACACAGCUUUUGGUGUGACAUUUGCACUUUGUAUUUCCUGUGUGUUGGGCAAAACUAUUGUUGUUGUUACAGCUUUCAAAGCCACAUUUCCUGGCAACAAAUUUGCAGUAAAGUUUGGUCCUGCAAAGCAAAGGAUCAUAGUUUUCUCCUGCACUUUGAUUCAGGUAGUGAUAUGUGUGUUGUGGCUUAAGUUAAGCCCACCUUUCCCUGACAUGGUUUUCAGAUACAGCAAUAAGAAGAUUGUUUUGGAAUGUAACACAGGCUCUGAGGCUGCUUUCUAUGCAGUGCUGGGGUACAUAGGGAUCCUUGCAAUAAUAUGUCUGGUCCUGGCAUUUCUAGCAAGAAAGCUGCCCGAUAACUUCAAUGAAGCCAAAUUUAUCACAUUCAGCAUGCUGAUAUUUUGUGCUGUCUGGAUAACCUUUAUCCCAGCAUACGUCAGCUCUCCUGGGAAGUUCACCGUAGCUGUGGAAAUAUUUGCAAUUUUGUCUUCAGCAUUUGGCUUAUUAAUUUGCAUUUUUGAGCCUAAAUGUUACAUUUUAUUGAUCAAGCCAGAGAAAAAUACCAAGAAACAUGUCAUGGGAAAAAAACUGAACCAAAAAAUUUGA